UUUAAUUUAGAGAAAUUUACCAUUACUAAAUUAAUGAGCGCAGCAGCAACACAACGUCUUCAGGCCAAGCGGCAGACUUUAGAUGAGGCUUAUGCACCUCCAGCAAAUUUUCUCGAGAUUGAAGUUGUAAAUCCUAUAACCCAUGGAGUUGGUAAGAAUCGCUACACCGACUACGAAGUUCGUUUACGCACUAAUUUACCUGUUUUCAAACAUAAGGAAUCGAGUGUUAGGCGCCGUUAUUCCGAUUUUGAAUGGUUGAGGAAUGAACUUGAACGUGAUAGCAAGAUUAUUGUUCCUCUUUUGCCAGGUAAAGCGUUAAAGCGUCAACUGCCAUUUCGCAGUGAUGAUGGAAUCUUCGAGGAGACUUUCAUUGAAGAACGACGCAAAGGACUUGAGCAAUUCUUAAACAAAGUAGCAGGUCAUCCAUUGGCGCAAAAUGAAAAAUCUUUACAUAUUUUUCUUCAAAUGGCUGAACUUGACAAGAAUUACAUUCCGGGUCGGAUUCGCACUGCUUGACAAACCUAAAUAUUUAAGAAGGAGAGAGAAGCUUUUGUUUGAAAUAUAAUAAAUUCACUAUAUCAGCAAGUUUUAUGACCAGUAUAAUUCCCCACACAAAUACUAUACUAAAUUUAAUUCCACCAGAUUGCGACUUACUAUUUUUGUGCAAAUUUUGCACUAAUCUACAUAAUUUGUAUAUUUAUAUAUUAAAUAAAUAAUAUAAACAAGUCUUCCUAGAUACUUUUGAUUAAAACAAUUCUUUCAUUUUCUAUUAAGGAGAGAAAAAUAAUAAUUAUAUUAUUCAAAUAUUUAAAAGUAAAAUAGUAGUAAUUAAUGAGAAAAAUGAUAUAAAAAUUUUAUCAAAUCUAUUUAAGAAUUUUCUUUCGUAUUCUCCUGAUGUUGCCAUUGCCCAAUUUCCGUUAAUACGGUUAGGGAUAUCAGUUCUUCCCCGUAGAUGUAAAGGUGGUGGUUGUUGUCUCUCAACUUCUUCCCAAUUAUGUGGAAUUGUAGUAGGGGCUAAAGAAAAUAUUCUUUUGAUUUAAUUAAAUUUAGACCUUGCGGCCUUUCAAAUCCUAUAGGUGAAUUACGUGGUGACAUUUUAUCUAAAAAUGCUCCAAUCCUGUUUCGGUCUAUGCCGUUUUCCCCGUCAUCAACAGAACCACUGUUAACUAUUGAUGC